UCGUAGAAUUAUUCUCGCCGAUGUUCUACACACAUCGGCUAUUUACAUUGUAUUUAACAUAGGUAAGUGGAACGUUAGAAGUGUACAUAGACAAUUCGGUAAUUAUUAUUACCGAUUUUUAGUUUGUAAAAAUAAUGGACAGUUGGAGGACCAUAACUGAAGACUGCGAAUGUUUCAUUAUCUUUGUACUUGUGACCGGCGGUUACAUAAAAAUAUCCAGUGUAGUUUUGAAUACUAAAAACAUAAAUCAACUGUUGUCUGUCAUCGAUUAUCAUUGGCGUGUUUUCGUGCAUUCUGUAGAAAUACAGAUUAUGCAUGAUUAUGCUGUCGCAGGAAGAAAAAUAACGAUAUUUUUUAUCGUUACUUUUUAUAGUUUGCUGUGUCUUUUCAUGGCAAUACCACCACUGCCGAAAUUAUUGAAUAUCAUCAAACCUCUCAAUGAAUCGCGCCCGAACAUUUAUAUGUUCGAUGUCGAUUAUAGUUUUGAUAGAGAAGAAUACUACUUUACUGUAUUACUUCAUUCGUAUAUAACGGCUGUGAUUGGUAUAAGCAUGUUAUUAUCAGUCGAUUCACUCUACAUAGUAUUAACGCAACACGGAUGCAGUCUAUUCGCCGCUGUCGGGCAGCGAUUAGAGAAUCUAAAUUCGGCGAUAAGCUCGUGGAAGGAUAACGAACUCGAAAAAACUCACAAAAGCGGAUUAGCAAAUUGCGUACAGUAUGAUAGAGACGAAAAAAUUUAUCGCGAACUAAUAGUUAUCUUAUGGAAACAUCAAUUGUGUCUCGAAUAUGUUAAUUUGUUGAAUUUCUCGUUUGGACAUUUUUCAUUUAUGUAUAUUUUUUUAAAUAUGAUGGCCAUAAGUCUCCUCUUAAUGCAAAUACUUGCUUUAAUGGAUCGUAAAGGACAAAUGAUCAGAUUCGUAGCAAUGCUUAUCGGUGCUUUCGGGCAUCUUUUCAUUUUAAACUUUCCUGGCCAAAGAAUAAUGGACCACAGCUCAGAUAUAUUCGACAAAGCAUACAACGUGCUAUGGUAUAAACUGUCGCGAAAAUCGACGCAGUUAUUAAGCAUAUUACUUUAUAGGACUUUAUCGCCUUGUACCUUAACGGCUGGUAACAUGUACGUGCUAUCGCUAAUUAAUUAUGCUUCGAUGGCGCAAACGUCUUUCUCGUUUUUCACCACCCUAUCGUCGCUUCAAUAAUCGAAAAGAUUAUAUUAGAUUUUCAAGUAAAAUUAGUUAUUUAAUAUAAAUUUUAGAAAAAUAUUUUGUGCUUUAUGUUUCUGUAAGUACAAGAGUAAUUCUAUUUUGUAA